CUCAACUCGGCGGUCUACGGCCAGAAAUACAUUCUUCGAAGGAUUUCCGACAGUUCGCGACGUGUUUCGCACGUGCAAUUGCAUGUGGUCAAAUUGCAUGUGGUCGACAAGCUUAUGCCAGAGAGGAACUCGAAUCGGACGAGUCGGGUGGUUCCGAUCGGUUUCCCUUUCGAGCACCACCCCCCGUCCUCGCAUUCACGUUAAACCAUCUCUCUUCUGCAGAACAUACUGCUCGCCGCCCACAAUGGAUGCAGACUUGAAACAGUAUCGUCUUCCGACAAAUGUCAAGCCCCUGCACUACGACCUCACCGUCUGGACGGACUUGAAGGCCCUUAAAUUCGGUGGAUUCGUGAGCAUCGAGCUCGACGUACGGGCGGAUACCACGACAAUCGAGCUCAACACGAAUGACUUGCAGCUGGGAACCGCUUCCAUCUUCUCCGAUGAGAUUGGAUUGAACGAACCAUUGGUGGAACAAACGUUGGAUACAUCGCUGCAACGCGUCAAAUACACGCUGCCGAAAUCUUUGACCGCUGGAACGAAAGCCCACCUGAAGAUUCCGUUCGAUGCUUCGGCGCUUGGCAACAGUAUGACGGGGUACUACCGGUCCGCGUGGGAGGAAAGCGGGGAGACGAAAUACUACGCUCUCACUCAAUUCGAGGCAUACGCCCGGGCUGCGUUUCCUUGCUGGGAUGAACCCGCGCUGAAGGCGACAUUUGCGGUCACCAUGAUUUCGCACAAGGACACCGUCAACUUGAGCAAUAUGCCUGCGCUCUCGGAGCAGCCAUAUCAAGCUACGGGAGAACUGGCCGCGUCUCUGGCUCCCGAUUGCGAGUGGAAGAUCACCAAGUUUGAGACCACCCCGCUCAUGUCUACGUAUCUCGUCGCUUUCGCAAACGGCCCCUUCGUCUACUUGGAACAGAGCGCUGUUUCCCCGCUCAGCGGGAGAACGAUUCCCUUGCGCAUCUACAGUACUCCGGAUCUGAUUCACCAGGCUGCUUUUGGAUUGGACGUCGCGGCCAAGGUGUUGCCGAUUUACGAGCAAGUUUUCGAUAUCGAGUAUCCCCUUCCCAAAUUGGACUCGCUUGUUGCGUCUGAUUUCGAUGCCGGUGCAAUGGAGGCGCGACGUGUCAAUGCUCUUCUCCUUGACCCUGCAAAGGCAGAUCUUCGUGGCAAGAAGAACGUGGCUGUGACCCAGAGCCAUGAAGUAGCGCACCAGUGGUUUGGAAACAUCACGACGAUGAGCUGGCUUUGCAACUUUGAUGGGAGAGGUCAUCAUCCUCGACAAGUAAUGCAUACAUUUUCUCCAUGGAUUGUGUCUCAUGAUGUGUUCAGAUUGUUUCCAGAAUGGAAAGUCAAUUCGGCGUUCAUUUCCGACCAUUUGCAGGCUGCAUUGACCCUCGACGCAAAGCUUUCUUCUCAUCCAAUCGAGGUGGAGUGUCCAGAUGCCAACCACAUCAACCAGAUAUUCGAUUCGCUCUCCUACUCCAAAGCUGCAGCCGUGCUUCGCAUGUUGUCCGAUUAUGUUGGCGAAGAAAAGUUCCUCAAGGGCGUAUCACUGUACUUGAAGAAGCAUCUUUACGGCAACACUGUGACCAAGGAUCUGUUCGAAGGCAUCUCCACUGCAACAGGAAUCGACACUGUGCGACUGAUGGACAACUGGAUCAACAAGCAAGGAUUCCCGGUGCUUACCGUGACUGAGACCGACAAAGGGAUCCUGGUGCGCCAGGACCGUUUCAUCGAAACGGGCCAUGUGGAAGCCGAUCAAAACGAGACCAUCUGGAACAUUCCGCUGGGUAUCCUGACGGCGACUGCCGAAGGAACUGCUAGCGUGGACAAGACUGCUGUGCUCGAGGAGCGGGAAAAGUUCUUCGCCCUGAACACGAAAAGCGCGUUCAAACUGAAUGCAGGCACCUCGGGCGUUUAUCGUGUGCUGUACAGUCCGGAACGAUUUGCGGCAAUUGCAGCCGAGGCAGCCAAGGCAAACUCGGUGUUUUCCCUGGACGAUCGUAUGGGCCUAUUGUACGAUGUCACGGCCCUUUCCAAGGCAGGACUGGCAAAGAGCAGUGAUCCCCUUGCCGUCAUCGAGCAGUGGUCGAAUGAGCAAGAAUACCUUGUUUGGUCGACUAUCGCAGGAAAUCUGGGUCGUCUCGUCUCAGUUUUCUCUGGAAACCAGAAAAUCGUGGACACACUUCGGGCGUUUAAUCGUUCGCUGUUUGUACCGUUGGUCAAGAAGUUGGGCUAUGAGUAUCUUGAGGGAGAAGACCUGGAUGUCACUCAGAUGCGCACUUUGGCCAUCGGUGCCGCAAUGUCUGCUCGUGACCAGAGUGUCAUUGACGAGCUGAAGAGUCGUUUCUCUCACUACAUGGAGAGCGGCGAUGACUCGAAGAUUCCUGCCGAUCUGGAGGCUGCCAUUUAUCUGGCGGCUGCAAGACACGGCGGCCGCGCUGAAUACGACGCCCUCGUCAACAUACUGCACAAACCGAAGACACCCCAAAGCAAAAUCUCUGCUAUCUACGCUUUGUCCGGGACUUUGGAUCCGGAUCUGCUCAAGGAGACUUUCAGCCUUGUCUUGAAAUCCCGUGACCAGGAUCUGGUGUACUACUUCCGUGGUCUUCAGUCCAAUUCCCCUUCCCACACUCAAUCGAUUGUCUACCUCCUGCUGAAUGCAUUCCAGCUCAUGAAACGAUUUGAAGGAAACUUUACUAUCAAAUCGCUGGUUUCUGCCACCUUCUCUUCUCUGUCGACCGAAAAAGACUUGGCAGCGGCAGAAGAAUUCUUCAAGGACAAGGAUACGAGCAAGUACAGCAUGGCAAUCGCACAAUCGCUGGAAACCAUCCGCACACGCAUCCAGUACAUUGAGCGUUCUUCGGCCGACUUGACUGAAUGGCUGGACAAGUGGGAGAAACGAGCCAAGUUGUAAUGCGAGGCAUAAGAAAUGGGAUGCAUAGAAUGAAUAGUACAAUGAUGGCUCCAGAUCUAUAUAAUCACACUUAGGGAUCAUCCGGCCCUGGCUCGGGCUCCUCUGGAAUCUGUUCUCGGGCUAAUGAGCCACCAGGCCGGGAGGCACCAGCGGCGGCUUUGGACUCCUUUCUGCGCUUGGCCGACUCUUUCAGUUUUUCCCAUUUCUCCUGGUAGCGGGUUAUCAUGGCUUUCUGUGCCAUGUAUAAGCGAGCGAUGCAAGUCCAGCAGAAAAACAACAUCACCUGUUUGUCAUUCUCGGCGCGUACACCCCUCAGAUCAUCCCGAGCCGCUCGAAGCUCGUCCUCAAGCUCUUUGACACGUUUAGCAUAUUGCGCCUCACGUCCAGUCUUGGUCCCAGGGGUUUCGCGUAGAAUCGAGGCCAGAAGCUGUGGUCCGUUAACAGAAGUGCCCAAAGUCAUGGCUCGAUGGGCCUAUCGAAGGUUAAUGUAAGCAGACACUCGACGACACGUCACAGCACCUCUUUCGUAGCCAUGUAGAUUGAAUCCCUCAGAUGGGCAUCCUUCUUUUGAUAGGCUUGUUCCACGUUCUCCAGCCUCUUCUUCAGAACUUCGAUCUCGAGCGUAAGGGAGGCGUUCUCUUGCUUCAGUUCGAUCGCAGUGGGUUCAGCAGAGGAUGGUAUCAAGUAGAACGAUUCAGCUAGUUCGUCCCCUGUAAGAGUGAUUCGUUCAGCCGUGCGCCAAAGCAACAGUUGAAUCAAGAAGAGCACCUGCUUCGGAAUCCUCGUCUCCGUCAAGAUCCGACGACAAUGGCUUCAGGUUGCUCGAUGAUCGAUCCUGCUUCUUGAUGUCGCCGCUGAUUCCCAGUCGUCUCGCGAAUCGUGAGACGAUAGGCUCCUCCAGGUCGGUAUCACUACUCAAACUGCCUUCUCGCGGGAGAUGGGACGCCAAUUUCGUCCGCUUCGAACUUGAAGAGACCGAUUCGACAUGGCCCAACGGAGCAGUGGCGAACGCCACGGGCUGAGAGAGAUUGUCGAGCAUCCCUUGCAUGAUGUUCCAAAACUGGUUGAAAGGGUCUCCGGGAUCGGACUGAAGACUAUGCAUCAGCAACAAGACCGACGCCAUGAGUCGAAACUCGGUACACGUUGACCGCCCAGCAGCAUAAACGACUCAUCUACUCCUUGAGAGUCUGUCAUCGGACGUGGUAGAGGCGCGGAUGGUGCUGAUUCUGAUUGAGGAGAAUGCGAAGACUUUUCAGUCCGUCUUUCGGGCAUAGUCGAGGCACGGGGCGUGUUGGCAACUUUGUGUGGCAAGGACGGAUCUUUCCCUUCCGCUUUCAGCUGCUCGAUCCUCCUCUCCAGGUCUUUCCCUGCUCUCUGGUGGUCGUUAUACAGCAUCUUCAACGUUCUCUUGGUCUACACAAAGCAAUAUGAGAAAGACCCACGAGAGGACACGGCUACUAAACUGAUUCGUCGUGAUUACGUUCCAUGGCUUUCUCAUAAGCUUGAGCGGCCUUGGAAGGUACCUGAAUGGUUUACAACAGGAAAGGUCUCGCGUCGGUACCUUGAGAUGCUCUUCUGAAGCUGGAAUCAACUGGAAGGCCCUACUUAGCAGUAUCCCAGAAGCGAAUGCCGAAACGCACCAGGCCCUGUGCGAACAUAUCCUCCGCGUUUGCAGCAUGUUCAUGGGCCUAGAAAGAUGCCAAAUGAACUGAGAGCCCCAAUUUUAUUCCAGACAUACAGCAUUCAACAUCUAGGCUCGCGUUUCACAAAGAACUUGAAAACAGCGUACGUGAAUGUGGGGCAGAAGCAAGCAAUGACAGUCUGCCCGAAAAGGAAACAGGACCCCUUCAGUAAACCUUUCGUAUCCUUAGAAGAUUACACGAACGGAGCAUGAGUCUGAAACCUUCCGACGUGAGACAUGGAGCGGCAACAGCGGAGGCGGUCCAAAUUUCCGGCCCUGGUCUCACUUGUGUCCUAUAUAAGCUACGAGACCGAGACAUCCCCUAAUCACCACCAGUUACCCCAUUAUGCCACGCAUUGCGAACAUCUUCGAAGGAAAAGAGGCCCAGAGAACGAGAAUUGAGGCAGAGCUUGCUGAACGCAGUGAGCGCUUCCGCUCUUCGCCAACAAUAGUUAUCGGUAACGUAGUUGCCCUGAAUCCAACCUUUGAAGGGCCAAACCCAUUCAACACCUCGGAGAUGCUAAAUCCUGAGGACCACGGCGUGCUGAAGAUCACAGACGAAGAAGAGUAUUGGAAUGGUGUAGCGGACGAGAAUCAGAGAAGACGGAGAGCCAGAGCCAAAAGCGAGGCGUACAAAAAAUCGCCGUGGACGAACGAGCAAUUGAAACGAGGGACCCAAAGCCUGGAGGUCGCGCGCAGCCCCCGCUUUCCAACACCACCUCUUGACGUAGAAGUCAUAUUCGAGCCCGAGGAGGACCCAUUUCGCAAACAGCCGCUAGGAAAGACGGAGAUCGCCCCAAAUGCAUUUUUCAUGGACCCAGAAGAAGACAUGCGGGAACAAAAGCGGAGAUCCCGACGCAUAACCCAGACAGACUUCCCGACAGUGGAUUACUUGCACGUGGAUAUUCCAGACAGCAGACUUGUUUAAUAUCUCCCAGUCGUAAAUUGAAUAUGCAUGGUCCAGAUCCAUGUAGACUCAUGGCGGUGUUCGUAGACGUUCAAUCGUAACGCGUGACUCUAGAUGCUGCGAUCAACCCUCAGCCAAACAAGUCGACUGUCCUGCCGUUCUUUUAGUUCCUCGCAUCUCUGUCUUUCUGGUCACAAUAAGUGGUCGAAAAUCAAGGAUAAGAAAGGUGUCAAUGAUGGCAAGAAAAAUGUCGCGUACACGCGAGCUGCUCGCGAUAUCAUGAACGCUUGGGCGGAGGAUCGACCGACCCGGAUCGCAAUUCCGCUCUUGCUGCCAUCCUCCGACGCUUGAAAGACAUUCCCAAAGAUAAUAUCCAAAAUGCCUUGGAAAGAGCUCGUAAGAAGCGAGACCAGAGCGGAGACGACAUCGUAUACGAAGCAAUGGCUUUCAAUUCGGUCGGUCUAAUAAUAGAGUGCACAACAGAGAACCCUACACGAACUUUCGCAGACGUGCGCAAAUUGCUCAACGACCAUGGCGCUCGAAUGGCUCCAGUUCGGUUCUUAUUCGAUCGCAAAGGUGUCGUGAAGGUGCUCUUCAAUCCGGGUACUGAGGAUCCUGAUUUGGCCCUCAUCAACUUGGUGGAAUUGGCUGCUGAGAACGGGGCAGAAGAUGCCUCAGAUGCCCUUGACUUGGGAACAUUACACGAAGAGACAGAGAUUGAGUUUUCAUGUCGUUCGCAUCUGCUCGCAGAACUGACAUCUGCACUGUCGGCUCCCGGGGUUUGUCAAGCCGUUGUCGGUAGUGAGAUUGUUUUUGCGCCGGUAGAUACAGCCGGCACGCCGGGCGAGGACGACCCGGACCUUGGGAGUAAAGUCGCAGAGUUGAUUCGUCAGAUUGAAGAAAACGACGACACCAAACGGGUCUGGUCGUCCUUCGUAGCGUAGCAAUCUUCGGUAGACAACUAAGUGUAGUGGAAUAGGACAUGUUCAUUCGUCUUCAUAGAACUUCUUCCGAGCCUCGUCAGCCUUGAGUUUCCU